CUUUUCAAGUUGUCUUAUUUUAAAUGAUAAAUACUUUCAACAUCAGUUUAUACAAUCGAUAAACAUUCAUUUUAAUCAUCAUCCCUGUUACCUGGUGAACCCAUCUGCUCGCUGAGCAAACUGUGUCAUUAAAUUGAAACGCGUAUCAUUCCGCUCAGUUUGAAUUUGGUAUUGAUCUCUUCAUUUUUCAACUUAAACCAGUGUUCUAAUCAUUCGCUUAACGGAAAUCUUUAAUCUUUUGUCAAAUGUGAUCUACUUUUCUUUUACAAGUGAUCUUUUCUUGUUUUGCUUUGGGUUUGUCACUUUUUUCCAACAAUUUGUCAAUUGUCUAGAAAGUUUGCUUAUUGAAUUGAAUUGAUCAAGAUGCCUGGAGUUGGAUCUGAAAUUGGAUUUGCUACCUUACCACAUCAUUUACACCGAAAAUAUGCCAAAAAAGGCUUUGAUUUCACGAUCAUGGUUGUUGGUGAAUCUGGACUUGGAAAAUCUACACUAAUCAAUUGCUUAUUCUUAGCUGAUCUCUACAAAGAUCGAGUUAAUCCCCCGGUUGAACAACUUUUAAAUCGGACAAUGGUUGUUGAAAAGAAACAAUUAGAUAUCAUUGAAAAAGGGAUUAAACUAAAAGUAACCAUUGUUGACACACCUGGAUUCGCUGAUGCUUUGAAUACUGAAAACAGCUUUGAUGCGAUUGAAGGAUUCAUUGAUGAACAGUAUGAUCAAUACUUCAAAGAUGAAUCAGGACUGAAUCGAAAAAACAUUAUCGACAAUCGUGUUCAUUGCUGCUUAUAUUUCAUUUCCCCUAUUGGCCGAGGAUUGAGCCAAUUAGAUAUUCAGUUCAUGAAACGAAUCCACCAAAAGGUUAAUCUUGUUCCCAUCAUUGCAAAAGCUGACGCAUUUAAACCUGCAGAACUUCAUAUGUUUAAAAAAAAGGUUCUCAAAGAAUUGGAUGAUCAUGGGAUAAGCAUUUUCCGUAUUCCUGAAUGUGACAGUGAUGAGGAUGAAGAUUUCAGACGGAAAGACAAAGAGAUUAAAGAUAGCAUUCCGUUUGCUGUUGUUGGAAGCACAACUCAGAUCGAAAUAAAUGGUCGUAAAACUCGUGGUCGAGUUUAUCCAUGGGGUUCGAUAGACAUUCAAGAUGAACAGUUCUCUGAUUACGUUAAAUUAAAAACCUUUCUCAGCCUUCACAUGCAAGACUUGAAAGACGUAACCAAUGAAGUUUUGUAUGAAAAUUAUCGAGCUCUUUAUUUAACCAAACUGGGAAGUGGUUCUAUAAGUCCAAUACCUGUUCGAGCUGCAACCGAGGCAACAAACACCUCAAUUCCUGCUGAUAAGUUAUUACAAUUAAAGGAAGAAGAGAUUCGUCGAAUGCAAGAGCAACUGAUUCACAUGCAAGAAGCACUUCGUCAACAGUCUCACAGCGUACCUGCCAGUGGUAACCAAUCGGCCGAUUCCCCAUCACCUUCAAGUCCAGCUCAUAGAGAUGAUUCUCACUAGUAGCUCAACUAGUGACACACAACUUUUCGAGAACAGCUCUUAAAAGUACUCUUUAUGCUCACUGCUAAAUGAUAUAAUUAACUCAUCACUUGAUUAUCAAUCAAAAGUGUGCGAGGUAUUGAGUGUCAACAAAAUUGUAGCUGAAAGACGCGAAUAAUGAAUCAGGCUAAAAGGAUGAGAUUAAAAGCUGUGCUCCUCUUAAGUUGCACAAACAAACCAUUUAAUAAUCAAGUUGACAGUUACCUCAUUCAGAUAAUAUAUAAUAUAAUCCAGACUAAUAUAACCAAAUAUCAUAUCAUGAGUUAUCAAUUAUACACAACUUCAUACAACUCACCCAGUUACUGGAUAAGUUCACUUAUAGUUACACAAAAAUUAAUUAUACAACCAAAGACAUAUUGAAAACAAUAUAAAAAAUUAUAAUCAACUAGAUAAUUGGUUAACUAGCAACUUUGGGCAGCUUUUUGGUUUCAUUGAAAAAUAAUCAUUUUUUCAAAAUUGUAUUCAAAGACAAAAACUCAAUUGCAUUUAAUCCAACAUUUAACGGCAUUUACUAUCAAGUAUAAUACACUUUUCAAUGGUUGAUAUUAUUUUCGUUAUUUCCUAUCAAUUUCAUCAUUUAUUGUUUCAAUACCUUUUUUUACACUUUUGUUUACUUCAAUUUCAUUUUCAUCUUUUCUUCCGUUUCCAUUGUAUCCAUUUGUAUACACAAUUGUAACUCAAUAAUUGUACUUAAUUUCUAGUCAUGCAAACCUGUGCUUAGACAAUGAUUAAAGUUAACUUUAUACCAAAA